AUGCCGUGUUAUAAUUGUGGAAGACCUGGACAUUUUGCGAGAGAAUGUCGUAUGCGUUCGCAAGAUGAUGAUAAUGGUGAAGACGACUACAGCGGUCAUGCAGAUGAUGGUAACAAGCGUUCAAACAAUAUCUAUCCAAGACAACAAGGUUAUAUGAAUAGUAAUAAUCGUGGCGGAAGAAUGAAUGGUAAUUAUGGGGGUGGUGCACGUUGUUAUCGAUGUAAUCGAAUUGGUCAUAUGGCACGUGAUUGCUUUGAAACAGAAGAACGAUGCUAUCAAUGCAAUGAAUUUGGUCACUUAGCCAAAGACUGUGACCGAGAUAUUGAUCCUGGUGCCUGUUAUAAUUGUGGAAAAUUAGGUCAUAUCCGAAGUGAAUGCUCUGAACCAUUGAAAAAUUCAUCUAAUUUAAAUAAUAGUCAUAAUCAAAAUGAUACCGGUGGCCGAUGUUAUCGCUGCAAUGCAUAUGGGCAUUUUGCACGCGACUGUGAUGCAAAGGAAAGUUCAGGAGGCGCCGUUGGAUCAUUGGGCUCUGCUGCCGCGUCGGUUGCUAUGUUGGAUAAUGAUGAUCGAACUUGUUAUAAUUGCAACAGAAUUGGCCAUAUAAGUAUUAAUUGUCCGGAAAGUGGAAUUAAUCGUCUAUCAGGAAAUAGUAGAGAUGUUUGCUAUAAUUGUAAUCGACGCGGUCAUUAUUCACGCAAUUGUCCAGAAUUUGAUAUUAAAUGUUAUUCAUGCGGAAAAACGGGUCAUAUGGCUCGAGAUUGCGAUAAUAGUCGAAUAUUUUCAUCAUCAUCCAGUGAACAAAAAACUCAACAACAGCCAGAUCGUGCAUCACCUAAAGACAUUAAAAAUUCAUCAGCAUCUGGUGUAAGUGGAACAUCAACACCACCAAAAAUAGCAACCGAAGAAACAACAGCGACAUAA